AUGAAGACGACAAAAGAAAAUGACAAUAAUAACAUAGUACAUUAUGUAGAUUGGAUAAACCAGAUUUUUAAAAAGAAUUCUUUACAAUGUGAUUUAUAUUUUUUGGAUGACAACAAAGAAAAAGAUGUUAGUAAGAAAAGAAAAGCUCAAUUGAAGGAUGAAUAUGAUAAUAUAUCAAGGAGCAAAGAAAAUAUUAAUAAUUCCAAAAAAAUAAAAAAUGAAUUAAGUAUAAAAGAUAAUAUGCACGAUUACAUAUAUGAUGAUCGUAUCUACAAUAAUGAUAAAGAGAAAAAUGUUAUAAAAAGUGAUAAUAAAAAUGUUAUAAAAAGUGAUAAUAAAAAUGUUAUAAAAAGUGAUAAUAAAAAUGUUAUAAAAAGUGAUAAUAAAAAUGUUAUAAAAAGUGAUAAUAAAAAUGUUAUAAAAAGUGAUAAUAAAAAUGUUAUAAAAAGUGAUUAUAAAAGUGAUGAUAGAAAUGCUUGUGAUAUUUAUAAAAGUAAUAAAAAAAAUGUUCCUGAUAAUUGCCAUAUAUAUGAUGAUAAUAGUUCAGUUGAAAAUUUAGAUGGAAAAAAUAAAUUAAAUAAUAUAAGGAACAUACAUAAUGAUAACUCAUCUUCAUGCGAUAUAUCCGAUAUAAAAAGUGAAGAUGAAUAUAUAGAACCAUAUGAAAAAAAGAAUGAAGAAAAUAUAAAUGAAUAUAAGAAUAAGAAAAAUAUAGCCAAUGAAAAUAUAAAAGAAGGAAAGAGUUCAAUUUAUAAUGAUGAACAUAAUUAUAAUUCAUUAUUAUAUAAUUCUUGUAAUGGUGAAAUAAGUAAGAUCAACAAAAUAAGUAGUCAUAAUAAUAUUGAUAAUAAUAUGGAUAAUUAUAAUACGUUUGCAAAUGUGAAUAAUUUUAUAAUAUAUUCCUCAGAUGAUGAAGAUAAUAUAUCAAAUUAUUAUAAUGGUAAAGACGUAUUAAAUGAUGAGAUUAUGUUCCCUAUAAAAUUUAAUUUUGAAAAAUUAAAAAAAAAUAUUUAUGUAAUAGAGCAUAUAGACAAAAUAUAUUAUGAUACAUUUUUAAAUAAAAAUCCAAGUGAAAAAAGUGUUUUUAUGAAUGAUGAAUCUACUGGUUAUUUGAAAAAUGAUGUGAAUGACAAAUGUGUUGUUGAUAAUAUAAAUGUUAUUAAUCCUUCUAGUGUGAAUACGUUGAGUAAUAUUUCAAAUAUUAGGAAUGAAAAAAUAGAAAAUAAUAAUAAGAAUGAAAAAUUAAUAAAAUCAUAUCCUACACAAUCAAAAAAUGUUAUGAGUACAUUUUCCUUUUGGAAUAUUGAAAAGGAGACAUUUAUAACAAAACCUUUGUAUGCACAAAAUUUGAGAAAAAAACAAUUUAGUUUAUUAGAUGAAUCUGAAGAGAUGAUAAGAAAUUAUUCAUCUAAUCAAUAUUCUAUAAAAUUUGUACCAAGACAUUUAUUAUAUGUAAUGAGUCAAGUUGCUUCUCGAUCCUUUUUUGAUCCUUUAUAUAGAAAGCAGUUAUUUUUUCGUUACUAA